AUGGUGUUGGAUGAUAUGGCUAAGAAGAAGGAAAUGUCCGAGGCGUUCACAUAUCACUACAAAGUUAAUGCUUCUAACCAGUUGGUUGCUCUAUUUUGGUGUGACGGUCUGAUGAAGAGGAAUUACCACAUGUUUGGUGAUAUUGUAGCCUUUGACUCCACGCAUAUAGUUGUACAUUACGCGGCCACCAAGUUACCGAACAGGUUGUUGAGGGACGACGAUUUCAAGAAGAAAUUCAAUGCUUGCGUGUGGUCGGACCUUCUUGAACCUGACGAAUUUGAAGAGGAGUGGAAUAGAUUGGUGGAACAUCAUAAGCUGGAGGACAUUGACUGGUUCGCCACAUUGUACGAGUAUAGGCAAUUCUGGAUACCAGCGUACUUUAGAGAUUUUCCUCUGGGAUCGAUGAUUAGGACUACGUCCAUAUCCGAAUCGGAGAAUAGCUUCUACAAAAAUUUUCUGAAGCCCCGAGCUAACAUUGCUAAAUUCUACUUAAAUUUCAACCACGCCCUUGAAUUCCAGCGGAACAGUAGAACAACAUUGGACUACCACGAUGCCACUGCCCUGCCCAUACUGGCCACUACUCUGCCAUUCGAGAAACAUGCUUCCACGCUGUACACCGACAGUAUGUUCAAGAAAAUCCAAGAAGAAAUUGUUGAGGGUAAUGACAGAUGCCGCGUGCUUGGAUUUUCACCUGCAGAAAUGGUUGACACCUACAAGCUUGGGGACAACAAGCGCAAUUUAUACGUUCUCCGUCAUGAUAAGAAUGAUGACUCAUACUCGUGCGAAUGCAAACUAUUUGGUAGGCAGGGUUAUAUGUGCAGCCAUAUCUUUUUUUUGUUCCAGAACAAUGAAGUGAAAAAAAUCCCAGAUAAAUACUGCGAAAGCAGAUGGAAGAAGACUCCCUUAGCCAAGGUUGUACAUGGGGAGUUUCAGGAUGCCCUGCCUACCAGGUCCAUCGUUGACGAUAGGUAA